UUUUUUUGAAGGACAUAGUUUUCAAUCUUGAUUGAAUUUGUUUAAUAUAUAUCCUUUAAGAUAGCGUGCACUACUAUAUAUACACGUAGGUCUUAAUCUUGAUUUAAGUUCUUCAAUAUCCUAACAUAGAGGCUAAAAAAAAUGAUGGAUAAUCAUAGGCAAACACUUGGGAAUUUUGCAAUGGUAGCAUUACUCUUUCUUGGUUUUAUUUUCAUUUACCAUUGGUCUUUCAUAUAUUUCUCCACCCAAUUACUUCUAUUUCAACAUGAACCACUCUGCCAGCAGCAAUCAAACAAGAGCACCAAUAUUAAUGAAUCAUACAGAGAUGGUCUUGACAAAGCUUUAGCCAAAGCUUCAAUGAGAAAUUACAAAACGGUGAUAAUUGCUAUAAUAAAUAAAGCUUAUGUAGAACAAGAUGUAAAGGGUGAUGCCAUCACCAUGUUUGAUCUAUUUUUAAGCAGCUUUUGGCUUGGAGAAGGAACAAGAUCUUUGAUUGAUAACCUUCUCAUUGUAGCUGUUGAUCAAACGGCCUAUGAUCGAUGCCAAUUUCUAAGGUUGAAUUGCUAUAAAUUGGAGACAGAUGGUGUUGAUUUUGGUGGGGAAAAACUCUUCAUGUCUAAAGAUUUUAUCAAUAUGAUGUGGAGAAGGACUUUUUUCCUUUUGGAAGUUCUAAAACGUGGCUACAACUUCAUUUUUACGGACACUGAUGUAAUGUGGUUACGAAAUCCAUUUGAAAAGUUGAGCAACAAUGAAACUGAAGACCUUCAAAUCAGCACAGAUUUAUAUCUUGAUGAUCCUUGGUCAGAAAAACACAGAAUCAAUACCGGAUUUUACUUUGUAAGGUCCAAUAACAAGACCAUAUCUUUGUUUGAAACAUGGUAUGGAAAGAAAGACAAUUCCACAGGAAAAAAAGAGCAAGAUGUUCUUCUUGACCUCAUUAGACAUGGUAUAAUUGGACACUUGGGACUCAAGGUUAGGUUCUUGGAUACUCUCUAUUUUAGUGGUUUUUGUCAAGAUAGUAAAGAUUUUAGGGCAGUGACCACUGUUCAUGCCAAUUGUUGUCGAAGUAUCACUGCAAAGGUGGCUGAUUUAAAGGCAGCCCUACAUGAUUGGAAAAAAUUUAGGAGGUUAGAGGUUAACUAUACAAUGGAUAUGAAUUGGACAAGUCAUCAGUGGUGUGUGAAGUCUUGGAUACGACAUAGCAGAAGAACAUCACAUGUAUGAUUGUUUUAUACGAUUUUGGGGACGAAAUGGUAUUUUUGUAUUUUAGACAACCUGUAUGUGGGACAAAAAGUUGUGUCGUGAUUUGGUGAGUUUUUGUCCUUUUCCUUGCCUCCAGUUUGUCCUAACUGCAGUUGUUCUGUUCUGUCCUUCAUUUUUUAGCAAAUCAAACGCACCCUGAAAGUUUUAAUUACAAAAUGGGUUUGACUAAUAAAUUAUAUAAUGAUAGGAAGGUAUAUAUGUUUUAUUGCUCCAAAUAUUAAUAGAGAGAUGGUGUGUAUACACACACAUAUA